AUGACAACAUUUUCUUCUACAGAAAACAAAUUCUCAGUUCCAAUCAAAGAGAAGAGCAUGCAGUAUUAUCUUUAUCCACCUCCAGUUGGCCAAUAUGAAGAUGUUAUGGCUAGUUACAAACUCUUCAUGGAUACUCUUGGGAAAUUCCAUGCUGCUAUGGGAACAAAAUUCAAGAUUCCGAUUGUUGGUGGAAAGGAUCUUGACUUGCAUCGCCUAUUUAUGGAAGUCACUUCUCGUGGUGGCAUUAAAAGGGUUCUUGAAGACAAAAAGUGGAGAGAGGUGACUAAUGUUUUCAACUUUCCACCCUCAGCCACAAACGCUUCUUUUAUCUUGCGCAAGUAUUACAUGUCACUCCUUCACCAUUUUGAACAAGUUUACUACUUUAAAGCAAAAGCAUGGACUCCUGUUCCUACUGAUACUUGGCAAAGUACAAAGUCAACUCUCACUUCAAUGUCCGAAAUGAAUAAAGUAAUGCUCCCAUUACCUGAAAAUCAAGACCUCGCAUCAGGGAAGAGACUGAGGAUGGAGACAGAUGAAGGUUCGCCGGAAUUAGGUUUUCCGGUGACCGGAAUAAUCGAUGGAAAAUUUGAAAGUGGGUAUCUUUGUAGUGUCGGAAUAGGUGGAGAGCAGCUACACGGGGUUCUUUAUCAGACGACUACGUGUACCCCAUUAUGUGGAGUAACUCAAGAUGCAACCAUGGCUAGGUGUAGACGUAGACGUAGGAAGAAAUCUGAAAUGAAGAAGAGGGAUCCUGCGCAUCCGAAACCUAAUAGAAGUGGAUACAACUUCUUUUUUGCCGAACAACAUGCCAGACUUAAAUUACUUCAUACAGGAAAGGAUAGAGGGAUUAGUAGGAUGAUCGGCGAACUUUGGAACAAUUUAACAGAUUCUGAAAAGGCGGUUUACCAGGAAAAAGCAGUUGAAGAUAAGGAACGCUACAGAACUGAAAUGGAGCAUUAUAGAGAGAAUUUCAGAAGAGAGUCACUCAUAAACAAUACAGUAGUGCCAUUGCAGCAACAGUAUUUCACAAAUAUGAUGCUGGAUGACAACCCUGAAAACGAUGGUGAAAAUUCUCAUCAAACUGCUGAAAACGAACUGAAUUCAGGGUAUUAUGACAAUGAAAAGAGCAGCAGUGAAGCUGAAGAAGGUACUAAAGAUAAGGACUUAAAUCGUGAAAUUCCAUUAGAAGUUGAAAUGGGAGGUGAAAAUGAUGAUGCUAUAAUGAAGCCAAAGGAGGAGUUUGCAUUUGGUAAUAAAAAAUCAUUUGAUAUUGUUCAUGAAGAUAAUCAGUCGGUGUUUCUUCAUGGAUCACUUCAACAAAACUCAAUAUCUGUUCAAGAAAACGAACCACUAAUUGAAAAUGAAUCAAUGAAAGAUGGAAAGAGUUCUGAUAAUCAACCGAUGAUUCUUCAUAUUAGUGAUGAAAACAAGAGAGAAUCGGAUAACAAUCAAGAAAAGGAUUUAGUGUACAAUGCAGAAAACUUUGAGAAAGAUCCAGAAGUUUUUAAAGAAACUGAAAAGAUUGAGCAAGAAACAGAAGACAAGUGAAGGAAGGAUCCUUUCUUGAUUAGGACUCCAAUUUUGACACGAGAGAAUAGUAGUUCAUGACUUUAUCAAGUUUAGCUUUCCUCAACAAUGUUGCUUUUAGAGAUUUUAGUUUUACCUUUUAUGUUUUUAUCUCUAUGUUUUUGUUGGUAAUAUGUUGGUAAAACUAGUGUUUUUGUAAUUCCGAGACAUGAUACUUUACUUACAUUGGAAAAAAUCAGGAGUACUAUGAAUGUUGAUUUGGCCAA